AGAUGAUUUGUAUUACUUUACUGAUUACUCUCGUAAUAUCAAUCCAACACACUAAACUCAGUAACAUACCAACACUGAGACAGUCAGACGCGACGGUACAAUAUUUAGUUCAUUUAUUCCUACAGAUUCCCUCUUAUUCCAAUUUUGCAUAACCUAAACCAGUACAUCUAUUCAGCUAAUUAUAAAGUAUAGUAAUGGGAGAGAAGAGGCCAGUAGAAGAGCUAAGUGAUGAGUUGACAAUAACGCCGCUAGGGGCGGGUCAGGAGGUGGGACGGUCCUGUAUACUCCUCCAAUUCAAGGGAAAGAGAGUUCUCCUAGAUAUUGGUAUACAUCCUGGUCUGUCUGGCUUAGAGGCGCUUCCUUUCAUUGAUGUUAUCGAUACCAGUCAAAUAGAUCUACUAUUGGUUUCACAUUUUCAUUUGGACCAUUGUGGUGCACUACCAUACCUACUAGAGAAAACUAACUUCAAGGGUAGAACCUUCAUGACCCACGCUACCAAAGCUAUUUACAAAUGGAUCCUAGCCGAUUAUAUAAAGGUGAGCAACAUAACAACAGAAGACCGGGGUGUUCUAUACACGGAGAAAGAUCUUGACAACAGUUUAGAUAAGAUAGAGACAAUGAACUUCCACGAGGAGAUUGAAGUUAAUGGUAUUAGGUUCUGGAGUUAUAAUGCUGGUCACGUGUUAGGCGCUGCUAUGUUCAUGAUAGAGAUCGCUGGAGUAAAACUUCUUUACACGGGAGAUUUCUCUAGACAAGAGGACAGGCAUUUAAUGGCAGCAGAGGUACCAAACGUCAGACCAGAUAUUCUCAUCAUAGAGAGCACUUACGGAACCCACGUUCACGAGAAAAGAGAGGUGCGGGAGGCGCGUUUCACCCAGACCGUUCACGACACUAUCUCGCGUGGUGGGAGGUGCCUUAUCCCUGUGUUUGCGCUCGGUCGCGCGCAGGAACUCAUGUUAAUCCUCGACGAAUACUGGGAGGCUCACCCUGAGUUGCACGACGUGCCCAUUUACUACGCUUCCUCACUUGCCAAGAAGUGUAUGGCUGUGUUCCAGACUUAUGUGAACGCUAUGAACGACAAAAUCAGAAGACAGAUAUCAGUUAAUAAUCCGUUCGUCUUUAAACACAUCAGUAACUUGAAGAAUAUCGACCAAUUUCAGGAUAUCGGUCCGUCAGUAGUGAUGGCGUCACCAGGUAUGUUACAAAGUGGUCUGUCCCGUGAACUGUUUGAAACAUGGUGUCCAGACCAUCGGAACAGCUGCAUCAUAGCUGGGUACUGUGUGGAGGGUACGCUAGCUAAGAUGAUAAUGAGUGAACCAGAGGAGAUCACCUCCAUAUCAGGGCAGAGGUUACCCCUGAAGUGUAGUGUUACCUACAUCUCGUUCAGUGCUCACACAGAUUACGAGCAGACGAGCGAGUUUAUCGGGUUACUGAAGCCUGCACAUAUUAUACUAGUUCACGGGGAACACUCCGAGAUGCAACGUCUCAGGACUGCUUUAAAGCGACAAUAUGACGACACCGUGGACGUGUUCGCGCCUGCUAAUAACGAGGAAAUAAUUCUUAACUUCCGGGGUGAGAAAAUGGCGAAAGUGGUGGGAAGAUUAGCAAGCAAGAAACCAAAAGCAGGGGAUGUUAUAAGUGGAGUGCUGGUAAAAAGAGGGUUUAAUUAUCACAUCGUUAGUCCUGAGGAGUUACAACAUUAUACUGAUCUUAGUCAGGGUGUAGUUUCACAAAAACAGACGGUGCCGUUCACCGCCCCCUUUUCCCUUCUACAUCAUUGUCUAUUACAACUGGCUGGCGGGGUCGAACAAGUCGAACAGAGCGGCAAGAAUUGUCUCAAAGUAUUCGAAUCUAUAUUAGUGGUACAAGAGAAGAACAAAGUAGUAAUACAGUGGGAGGGAAGUAACAUGAACGAUAUGUACGCAGACGCUGUUCUCACAUUGUGUCUACAGAUAGAAGCUAACCCUCAAGCUAUCAAACAGUCCUCACUACGUAGUAUUACACAGGGUAAAGACAAGUCCACGUUUGAAGACAGAGUACAGAAAUUACUGGUGGAAAUGUUUGGAGAAGACAAUGUCAGCUAUCAACCUAAACUUAAAUACAUUACUGUUACAAUUGAUAAUGAGAAGGCUGUUGUCAACCUCAAAUCUUAUGAAGUGCAAUGUCCGAACGAAAAUCUUCACCAGAUGAUAACAUCGGCGAUCAAGAGACUGCAUAUUGCACUGACACCCGUCAAUGUGCCCACUAUUGCUAUCACGUGAACAUUGAGUGACGGGAGUCUGAUAACACGUGAUAUCCAGCGAAUAUCACGUGAUCUCCUGCAGAUUUAAAAGAUCAUAUCGAGCUAACAUGAAAACUGCACCUUCGAUCAGAGACAUGUAUUUGUUUUAUUUAUUGCAAUAUAUUUACGUUAAAGUAUUCAAGAGGUGGUAUUCAAGAGGUGGUAUUCAAGAGGUACGGUGGUAUGCUGGGUGCGGAGAUCUGAUUUUUAAGAUCAUUUUAGCCAGAUUUUAUGACGAAGAUCAGAAGAUCUGCAAUGUGUUGUUUUCAAUGUUUAUAAAGCAUUUUAUCAGUUUUUAAUUAUUGAUUGUUUAUUUUAUUACUACAAUUUUCAAAUAA